UUGGGCCCGCUGCGAUAUUAUAGUUAUCAUCAGGUUAGGGUCAAAGGUCAUUACAAACAUGGCGCGCCGAAGUGCAAAACUGGUGAAGUUCAACGAAUCUUUUGAGCUCGUGACGGACGAUAUUCCCUCUGCUCCUUCCAGGGGUGCUGUCCUCAAGGUCCACUAUGCAGGACUGUGCCACUCUGAUGUGGACAUAAGUAAAGGAGAAAAGAACUACUGCCUCCCCUUAACUCUUGGCUUUUCAGAUUACAUGACAGUAUCUGACCUGAGUCUGUUGAUGCGGGUGCCUGAAACAGUUGCCAUGGAUACCGCAUGUUUGUUACCAUGUUCCGGACUGACGUCGUACAACGCAGUCAUGUCCAUUCUUCCCACUGUGCAGGAGUUCGUCAAAGACCACGGAGUUCCAGAAGACUGUGCUGUGGUACUGGUGGCAGUAGGGGGCCUCGGGCUGUGGGCUGUCCAGAUUGCGAGAGAAGUGCUGCCGGAUGGAAUUCGGAUUGUGUGUGCUGAUAGAGAUAUAGAAAAGCUGACUACAGCAAAAGCUAUGGGAUGUGAUGAAGUGGUGCACUGGAAUGACAAAGAAGCUGAAGACCGGUUAAUAACAGUGACAAUGCAAGCCUGUGGCAGGCUAGGCAGGGCUGUAGCUGCCAUCGAUUUUGUGAAUACAUCAGUAACUUUCAGUCUGGUCGAAAAUCUCCUCAUUUGGGGAGGCAUCCAUGCAACAGUAGGUGUCUCUGGAGAUACAGCCAGUCUUCCCUUGAAGUCCUUUACUGUACACCAGCACAGAGCCGUUGGUGUGCUGGUUGGUACACAACAGCAACUCAAGGAACUCUUGAAGCUUGUUGCAGAUGGAAAGGUAAAGGCACCUCCAAUUACCCAUCAUCCUUUAGAGAAUGCGUGGCACGUCCUGCAGGACCUGAGGUACGGAAAGGUCAAAGGUCGCGCUGUGCUAGAAGUGUCCAAACCAAGUGAAUAAAGUCGACAGCUUUUAAUGGAUGUAUUUAUCAUUUUAAUGUUUCUGUGCUUUGCCACCAUUGAUACUUUCUUGUAAAGGACAGUAAUGACAAAAGACAAUUAAAGUUUGUAAAAC